CGAGAAAAGUUCGCGGCAAAACAUAUAUCAUUUGUAUAGAAACACCAUGAAGGACCUCAAAAUCCUUCUACCCUCGAGUAGCGCCGUCGACCUUACCUUACUUGAUGGAGGAGGUUUCACUACAACAGACGACACGAAGAUCCACGCAGACGGGCAUGACAGGCCAUAUUUUCUUUACGACUGGUGUUUCUAUAUCCAUCACAGAGCAUCAGGUCGCAAGAUCCUUUGGGAUCUUGGUAUUAGUGAUGACCGACAAAUGUACACCCCGUUCGUGUUGAACUACCACUGGACAAGCUGCAACCCAGUCGGACCACGCCGACGGCUUGCAGACCAGUUGAGAGACCUUGGCGUGGAAACCUCAGAGAUUGACACAGUGCUCUUCAGUCACGCACAUUGGGACCACUGCCGUCCGAUUAGAGAAGAAUUUCCAAAUGCUAAGGUCAUCUUUGGCCGCGGAACCACGGCACACUGCUCUCCCGGGCAUAUCCAGAAUGAUGAAGUCCAGCCGAUGGCUCAGUGGGACUCUCGAAUUUUCGGCGAUGACAAAGUUCGGACAGAGAAUUUUCAAGAGCUUGAAGGCUCGUGGCAGUCCUGGGGACCAUUCAAAUCAGCAAUGGAUUAUUUCGGGGACGGCAGUCUCUGGAUCAUCGAAGCCCCUGGGCAUAUGGCAGGCAAUCUCGCAGCAUGUGCGCGUCUAGAAUCGGGCGAACGCAUCAUAAUGGCCAGUGACUGCUGCCAUUCAAGGGACAUCUUUCUUGGUCACCGAGAAAUCGCCAACGUGGAAAUGGCCGACGGAUCCCGUUUCUGCUUGCAUGAAGAUCUAGACAAAGCGCUUGAUACGAUUUCGAGGCUCAGAAAGGCAGCUGAGGAGUAUGAGAUGCACAUUGCGAUGGCUCAUGAUGCUGAGUUCAUCAAGGACGGCAAUGAUCCUGUGUUGAUGUCAAUCUUGCACCCCAUGUUUGAUAGCACUGUCCUGAACAGAAUCAAAGCUCAUGGAAGGCCAUGAUGGUCCAGGAAAACAUUCUUUCUGGCCCGAUAAGUAGUACCUAAAGAAACAGAUGCUCACA